AAGCCAUUUUAUAACCGUCUGUGGUAAAUACUAAAUAGUAACUAUACUACUAUAUAAUUAUAUAAUUUUUGUAGCGAUUACAGAUAUUUAGAAUCAAAAAUAUAUGUUUCUACAAUCCCUUUUUAAAAUUGUGUGUUAUGUGGUUACCAAAAGUAUUAUUUAAAUUAGUUGAAGAAUUUUUACGUAAUGCAAUUCAAUUUCCAACUUGUUCAGUAAAGUAUUAGUGUAUGUUGAAAUACAUGUUGACGAAGUACGAAUGUCUAACAUAUUUAUGGAUCAAUCAUGAUGAAAUAAUACAUUUCAUAGAUUGUUUUAUAUGUAGAUGUUAAUGAAUGGAUUGCAAUAAAAACAUAAAUGCAUCUAAAUGUUAUAACUUUAACCACAUAAAAUGGGACUUCUUAUAUCGAAAAUCUGGAGCUUGUUUGGCAAUGAUGAGCAUAAGCUGGUCUUAGUAGGUUUGGACAAUGCGGGUAAAACCACUAUACUCUAUCAAUUGCUGCUUGGUGAGGCAGUCCACACCAGACCCACUAUUGGAUCAAAUGUUGAAGAGGUUGUUUGGAAGAAUCUACGGUUCGUCAUGUGGGACCUUGGAGGCCAACAAAGUUUGCGAUCUGCUUGGAAUACUUACUAUACAAACAGUGAGUUUGUCAUAAUGGUGAUAGAUUCCACUGACCGACAAAGAUUGAGUAUUAGUCGAGAUGAACUCCAUAGCAUGCUUACACACGAGGAACUUAGUAAAGCUUGUCUCCUUGUAUUUGCCAAUAAGCAGGAUGUCAAAGGUUCCAUGACUGCAGCAGAAAUAUCACAGCAAUUGGAUUUGACAUCAAUAAAGCAUCAUCCCUGGCAUAUACAAGCUUGUUGUGCAUUAACAGGUGAAGGGCUGCAUCUUGGUCUAGAGUGGAUUGCUAGUAGAAUCAAGAAGAAAUGACAUAAAAACUUGACAGUCUUUCAAUAUUUUUAAUCUAGUAUGUACAUCUGUUGUACCCUAAUUUUGUUAAAGCUACUUUAUUGUCCUACUGUAUUCAGUUGUUUAUAAAAAAAACAUUAUAAUUUUACUGGUAAGUGUAUGAAAUCACAAUUUUUUACAUUAAUGUAUGUCCUGUCUAAAAUCUUAAAAUGUAAAUGAAACAAAAUAUCAGGUUCUAUGACUUUAUUAAUUGAAAUAUCGGUGAUCAAAAUUAUUGUACAUUUUAACCUUCAUUAUGUCCUAGAUACAACCAAACAUUGAACUACGAGAAAAUAUUAAUUCUAUUGUACAUACAGUGAUAUUUGGUAAGAAAUAUGUGCCGAUGAAUACAAAAUCAAUUAAUUAUAAACUAGUUUCGCUUUAUAUUUCUUUGACUAAUUAAUUAUUAAAUAAUAAAACCAUGAUGCAUCACUUUGACAAUCAUGUUAAAAUGAAACAUGUAAACCUCGAAACUUCCAUGUGUAACCAUUGGGAUACAUAGAAAGACUGCCCUAUGUUACAUAACAAUGCUUCCUGUUUAUAAAGAUUUAGGUUUUAAAUUUAAUGAAUUUUCUUAUAUACAACAGAUUUGAAAUCUACGUAAAAUAUAUAUACGUUUAUUAUUAUGCGAUUAUUUUUUAAUAUAAUGUAAAAAAGAUAACAAUGAUUAAUUGUAUUACUAAGAUUGUGUUGUGUUAUUUUAAUGAUUAGCUCAUAAUAAUUAAUAUCCUCGUUUUAUUAUACAUUCUUAAAAUUGCUAUAACUAGAAUUAUGUAUUGAAAAGUAAUGUUUUUAUGAUUAGGUUAUACAUAUUUUAAUUUUAGAAUUAUAAUUAUUAAUGAUAAAUUUAAUUAAUAAUAAUUUUUGGUUUAA